CACCAAGAAAAAAGAAAAAAAAAUAAAAAUAAAAAUAAAGAAAACUAAUCAAAUUCGAAGAUUGCUUCUCGAACAUUGCCUUUAUAUUCUCUAAUAAAUCCAACAUUUUCUUUUUCUUUUUCUCUCAUUUGUUCUUCACACUCAGUCAGCCCUCAAUAUUCUCAGUACUCUUCUAGAAAUUUAAAGAAAAGGUUGGCAGCGUUUGGUGAGGUGGGCACAGAGUAUUUCUAAGCUUAGAUUCGUGAAAUGAAAACCAAAUCUUGGAUUCAGGGCUAACCUUCUCUCUGAAUGGCGAUCAAAGGCGUCGAUUUCAAGUGGUAUGAUGGGUUCUUCUUGUCUAUGCUCGUUACAAGUAUAAUAAUUGUUGUAAUCAAUUGGAGCAAGUACCAUUCAUGUAUGUACCCGUUGCACAUAUGGAUUGUGGUUGAUUAUACCACAGUCUUCUUUUUCCGGCUCUUGAUGUUUGUGGACAAUGGAUUGGCUUCCGGAAUGGGAUUGCUGGCUUACUUUGAGUUAAUUAAUGCAAAUAGGUUAAGAAUAGUGAUGGAUCUCGGCUGGCAGCAAAGAUAUGCACGCUUUAUUGGAAGGGCUGUUGUACUAUCGAUUCUUGUUCUGCUACUUUACCCCUUUCUUUUGGCUUGGACUGUCAUUGGCACCCUGUGGUUCACUCGUGCGAAAAAUUGUUUGCCGGAGGAUGGCCAGAAAUGGGGUUUCUUUAUUUGGUUGCUUUUCAGCUAUUCUGGGCUUGUAUGCAUUGCUUUCAUCUGUAUGGGAAAGUGGUUAACGAGAAGGCAGGCACAUCAACUGCGUGCACAACAAGGGAUUCCCGUUUCAGAAUAUGGAGUUGUGGUUGAUAUGGUUAGAGUGCCAGAUUGGGCCAUUGAAGCUGCUGGGCAAGAGAUGAGAGUGAUGGGCCAAGAUGCAGCUGCAUAUCAUCCUGGACUGUACUUGACCCCAGCCCAGAGAGAGGCAGUGGAAGCACUCAUUCAAGAACUUCCAAAGUUCAUGAUGAAAGCAGUUCCUACUGAUUGCAGUGAGUGCCCGAUUUGCUUGGAAGAGUUUCGUGUUGGAAAUGAGGUUCGUGGCCUCCCGUGCGCCCACAACUUCCACGUGGAGUGUAUCGACCAGUGGCUUCGGCUGAACGUGAAAUGCCCGAGGUGCCGAUGCUCGGUUUUCCCGAACCUUGAUUUGAGUGCGCUGUCUAAUAUUCAGACGGAGCCCGUGCAAGGCCCGGUCAAUGUGGUCAAUGCAGCCCGGUAUGUGAGGAGCCAGCCCACGAGCCAGAGCUACCUUCUGAGGCUGCAGGGCUUGAUCAGGCCCGAGAAUGCGGGGCCCACUGGAGAAGUGGUGGUGAUGGUUGGGGAGUUGGGCCUAAAUCGGGCCUGAGCUGUUUUCAUGGCAGUCCGUGCUUCUUUUGACCGGGUUUUUACGGAUGGUCUAACUAUAGUAACUCAGAACUGCUUGGGAUUGAAGAAUGUAAUUUGAAAUACAGCUUUUGAUUAGAAAAAAGAAUGUAAUUGUGAGUGGUGUAAAGGGAAUCAGGUGAUGAGAAUGGGAUGUGUCUUGUUCAUGAGGCUUGCAUGAUGUAAUUUUUUGUAGAGUUGUACACUGCUCUUUGCAUUUGUUCUUUGGGCUUUUUGUGGUACUAGACUCGUUCUGAUUUGUAGCUAUAUAAGUUUGCUGCUGUUAGAAUUAUGUCAAAAUGGGUAGAGUUCACAUUUGGAUCAAUAUAUAUAUUAUGGGGAAAAUUGCACAAAAUUCCCUUGUGUUUUUAUAAAUGUGCGUGUUACCCCCUGUGUUAUAGAAAAUGCAUAC